CACCGAUGUAAUUAACAACACCAGUAAACAGGAACCAAGAACAAAACAGCAGCGGGUCUGACUCUGACAGGAGCUAAAGGAAACCUCGCAACUAAAAAUUUGUGGAAAAUAUGUUUUCUGUGCCUACAACCUUUCAGUCGCAGGGAACAGUGCCUUUGACCCAUCUUAUCAAUGUGAUCCAGUACCUGAAGAGUUCAGCCAACUCGGCUCUCAGCGCAUCAGUGCAGAGUUUACAGGGGAAACUUUCAUCUAAAUAUGACCCACUUCUAAAUGAGCCUAAAGUGAACUUGAAGGAACUGGGUCUUUCAGAGCUGAGGUUCAGUCAUGUGCGUGAUGUUAUGAGAAGACUAUUGCCUUCUCUAGAGGAGAAAUCCAUCCCGAGCUGUGUUCAAACUUCAACAGCAUGGAGAACAUCUCACAUUUCUACCCCCUCCUUCUUUCAAAACAAAUAUGGGUUUUCUCACAAACACGUGGUACACUUUGGCUUUCCAGUGUUUCAUAGGCAAAGCUCCAGCCCCCUUGAGGCAGCAUGCGUAGAUCUGCACCAUCUGCAAUGUGCGAUUUCUCGCUUAGUAUGGGUCCAAAACAGAGGUUUUAAGACAAUGAGGUCCAAGACCAGACAUAUGCAGUCUGGUUCUGAUGGUCCAGAAGAAGCAGAGAAUUAUACUCCAAACUUUAUGAAGGGCCUUCUUAUGAAGGAGAGGCGAGACACAGUCAGUCUUGAACAGUUAAUGAAACAAAAUAACCUGCAAGAAACUCACCAGGAUGCCUUCAAGAGCGGCUUCACGGAGGGAUUCAUGAAAGCUCAGGCUUUGACAAGAAGGAAUCAAGACUCUGUAAUGAGGACACGUCUUGUUAUGCUUGUCCUCCUUGCAGCGGGCUUGUAUGGUCUGUCUAGAAGCCCUUUCUUUUCCGUUAAAGGGUCGUUUUCUGACGCUGUUCGUUUCCGCACCACCACUGGUCUGGAUUCAGCCCUAGAUCCCGUUCAGAUGAAGAAUGUCACCUUUGAACAUGUGAAAGGUGUAGACGAGGCCAAAAAUGAACUUCAGGAUGUUGUCGAAUUUUUGCGAAACCCUCUGAAAUUCACAGCGCUUGGUGGUAAACUUCCCAAAGGUAUCCUGCUGGUGGGGCCUCCAGGAACCGGAAAGACCCUGUUGGCCAGAGCUGUAGCGGGAGAAGCAGAUGUGCCCUUUUUCUAUGCCUCAGGGUCAGAGUUUGAUGAAAUGUUUGUGGGAGUCGGAGCGAGUCGGAUCAGGAACCUUUUCAAGGAGGCCAAAGCAAAUGCCCCCUGUGUGAUUUUUAUCGAUGAGCUGGACAGUGUGGGUGGAAAACGAAUUGAGUCUCCAAUGCACCCGUACUCACGACAGACCAUCAACCAGCUGCUGGCUGAGAUGGACGGGUUUAAACCCAAUGAAGGAGUGAUUGUGAUUGGAGCUACAAACUUUGCUGAAGCUUUGGACAAUGCUCUGGUGAGACCAGGCAGGUUUGACAUGCAGGUUACAGUACCCAGACCUGAUGUGAAGGGACGCACAGAGAUCCUGCAGUGGUAUCUGAAGAAAAUUAAAGUGGAUUCUGCUAUUGAUGCUGAGAUCAUUGCCAGAGGAACAGUGGGUUUCUCUGGAGCUGAACUGGAGAACCUGGUGAACCAGGCGGCCCUGAAAGCAGCAGUGGAUGGGAAAGAUCUGGUGACCAUGAAGGAGCUGGAGUUUGCGAAGGAUAAGAUCCUCAUGGGCCCAGAACGCAGGAGUGUGGAGAUAGAUAAGAGGAGUAAGAUGAUAACAGCCUACCAUGAGUCAGGACACGCUAUAGUGGCAUAUUACACCAAAGAUGCCAUGCCCAUAAACAAAGCUACCAUCAUGCCACGCGGCCCUUCUCUGGGACAUGUGUCCUUGCUGCCUGAGAACGAUCGCUGGAGUGAGACAAGAGCCCAGCUCCUGGCUCAGAUGGAUAUCAGUAUGGGGGGCAGGGUCGCUGAGGAACUGGUCUUUGGAAAUGAUAACAUCACAACUGGAGCAUCAAGUGAUUUUGAUGGAGCCACUAAAAUAGCAAAGAUGAUGGUGACACGGUUUGGGAUGAGUGACAAGCUGGGGGUCAUGACCUAUAAUGACCUAAUGGACCAUAGCCCAGAGACCCGGGCAGCAGUAGAACAGGAAGUCAGGGUGCUGUUACAGGGUUCGUAUGAGAGGGCAAAAAAGCUUCUGAAGACCUACAGUAAAGAACACAAACUGUUAGCCGAUGCCCUGCUUACUCACGAGACUCUAGACGCAAAGGAAAUUCAGAUUAUUUUGGAGGGAAAGUCAUUGGACCUCAGAUGAUGAAGGCUAGAGUUUAACAGACAUUUCAAGACAUAAUCUUACUUGUGUAAAUAUAAAAUCUGUUAUAAGCCACCAUAAGUCUCUUCAAAUUGUUCAUUUUACAUGCAAAAAGUUGGCUUUCAAGCAGACACUAACUAUACUAACAGAAAUUCAAACAUUUUCCAUGGUUAAAUUGAUGCCAACAAUAUGUAUGCAUGAGCAGGGAAUUCCAUAGUUAUGGCUACGAAUUAAGUAAACCAUAAAUUCUUCACUUAGUUUUUAGAAGCCAAGUAUAUAACCAAAAAAAGGAUGAUUUUUAAUGAUUUUUGUAUUCAAGUUAUCUGAAGCACAUGUUCAUAUUAAAGGGAAAGUUCACCAAAAAAAUUACAAAUCUGUUACGCACCAUCAUGUUGCUCCUAACCCAUAUGGCUUUCUUUCUUUCAUCAAACAAAAAACUUGACGUUAGGUAGACUGACAGCCUUAGUCACUCAUGCAACUUUUAAUCACAAGCCAAUUUUGAAUGUGACUAGAAUGUCAAUAUUAAUUUCAGAUCUUCAAUCAAUGCAUUUUAACAUGACUUAAUGUUUCUGAUCCUUCAUUUUACUCAUUAUGUUAUUUAUUUCAAUAUACUUUUUGAUUUUGUCACUGGUUCGGUUGUUCAUGUGUGUGUGCAUGUUGAGACGGCUCAGGUGACCGCACUGUAGAUAUGCAUGUUUAAAACAUUAUUUGUGUGCUUUCUUUUGAAAUUAAUACCAUGUUCAGAUCUGUUGCUCUAAAUCAGAAAUGUACAGGGAUAUAAGACUUAUAAAUAAA